AUGGCGCGCGAAGGCUUCUCUGGGCACGACGCGCCGCCGUCCGCGACGCCGAUGCACCCGGUAUUCAUCCGCCGCGAGAGCAACGACGGCAUUCCGCGCCCGCAACACGCGCGACCGCGGUCGCCGCCGCGUCGGUCGUCCGGCGGAGCCCCGCGCGCGACGGUGCCACGUUCGAUCCAUCACGCCGGGGGCGGCCAACAGAGACAACAACCGCCGACGCAUCAGUGCGUCGGCGCGGAGCUCAUCGCCGCGGACGCGUUCUUGCUCUGGUGCGCGAUGGACCGCUCGCUGCGCGUCGUCGAAGCGCUCAAAGCGAUCGGCAUGGACCCGCGCGAGGGCGUGUACACGUUCGACGACGCGACGUUGCGGGCGGAGCGCGAGAGACGACUCCGCGGCGGGGACGCGGCGGCGGCGGCGGCGGCGGCGACGACGUCGAAAUUGCGCCACGUGGCAAACUCCAAGCAAGCGAUGGCGUGCUCGCGCGCGAAGAACUGCUACCUCAUGUGUUGGGAGUACCCGCUCGCGGCGUACAAGCCGAUCGUCGCGGAGCUCAAACGACGUUCGGUGAUCAAUCAGGCGUACGUCGUCGAGGGGAAAAAAGCGCCGGCGAACAGCGCGAUGAUUCCUCCGUCCACCUACCGCGCGAUGACGAAAUCGUUCGCGUCCGUGUGCGAAGACGAGGUCGAAGAGCGCUACGAGUCGCUCCCGCGGCGGCUCCGCGACGCGAUGUAUCCGUUCCAAGUCGAGGGCGUCAAGUUUGCGCUGUCGAGGAACGGCCGGUGUUUCCUCGCGGAUCAGAUGGGCGUCGGGAAGACGAUCCAAGCGCUCGCGGUCGGCGCCGCGUACCUCCACGAGGGGCCUCUGCUGAUCAUCGCUCCCGCGUCGUUGCGCCUGACGUGGGCGCGCGAGUGCGAGCGCUGGAUCCCGGAGCUCAGGCCGAAGAAUUUACACGUCAUCAACGGAACGUCGGACACGAAAUUGCGCGGCGAACGCGGGGAUCUGUUCGCGUCGUUGAAGGCGACGGCGGCGGCGCGCGCGGCGUACUCCGCGGGAUCGAACGGCGACGAACCGAAACCGACACGUUUCCAGCGUUACGAUGAUGAAAUUGACGACGACGAGCGAGACGACGACGACGGCGACGACGCGUACUUUGCCGCGCUCGCGACGCAGGUAGCGACCAAGGCGAUGAAAACCGCCGCCGCCGCCGCGUUCGCGCCUCGCGUCGUCGUCGCCUCCUACCACAUGGUCGCGAGGCUUCGAGACAAGUUCAGGAGCGUGCGAUGGGGCGCCGUCGUCGUGGACGAGUCGCACACGCUGCGCACGACGACGGGAAGGGGAGAAGUCGAUCACACGGAGGUGACCUUGGACAUCAUUCGGAGCACGAAACGCGCGGUGCUCGCGACGGGGACGCCGUCGCUGUCUCGACCGUACGACGUGUUCAACCAGGUGGACGCGCUCCAACCCGGGUGCCUGGGGUCGGAUAAGCACGAGUUCGCGAGCACGUACUGCGAGCGGCAGUGGGUCGCGGAUAACCCGUACUCCGGGACGAGUCACCUGAGCGUGUCCGGGGGCGAGCGGCUGUUCGAGCUGAACGUUUUGUUGCGUCACGCGGUGAUGAUUCGACGAAUGAAAAAAGACGUCGUCGGCGACUUGCCUCCGAAGCGACGGCAGGUUGUCUUGAUCGACUGCGAGGGCUUAGACGGCAAGAGAGCGGGAGGAGCGGGAAAGAAAACGCACGGUGCGAGUCAGGAAGAGGAAGAGGAGGAGGAGGAGGAGGACGAAUUGGACGAGCUCGACGUGAUCGAGCCGUUGGCGCCGGACGAGGAGCGACGGAGCGGCUCCGGCGCCGCCGGCGGACGCGGCGGCGGACGCGGCGCCGCCGCCGGUGGCGAAGCGAAAAAAUCCAAAGCGCAGGCGGUCGCGCUGCAAAAACUCGCCGGGUGCUGCGACUGGCUCCGCGAGCACCUCGGGCUGCGACGCGACGCGAACGCGAACGCGAGCGCGGACGCGGACGACGUCGCGGAGGCGGAGCGCGCCCGCGUCGUCAUCUUCGCGCAUCACAAGGAAGUCCUCGACGCGAUUCAGCGAGAGGUGCUCGAUCCCCUCGGCGUGGUCCCAGCGACCGGCGCGGACGCCGCCGCCGCGGGCGCGCACGCGCGCUUUCUCCCUUCGUUCGUCCGCAUCGACGGCUCGACCCCGAACGCGGAGCGCGGCGAGGCGGUGGAUCGGUUCAGGGACGACGAGCGGUGCGUCGCGGCGCUCAUCUCCAUCAAAGCCGGAGGGACCGGGUUGGAGUUUCAAAAAGCCUCCGUCGUCGUCUUCGCGGAGCUGCCCGAGAGCGCCGCGGACGUCGAGCAAGCGGAGGAUAGGGUCCACCGUCGCGGUCAAAAGGGCAGCGUGAACGUGUACUUCUUAGUCGCGCACGGGUCCGCGCUCGCGAGGAUCGACGACGCGCGGUGGAACUCGAUCGAGAGGAGUUUGAACCGCGUGCGGCAAGCCGUCGACGCGGAGGAGGCGGCGGACGCGAAAGGGCUGAAACCGGACGCGAUCGGCGCGGACUCGCUGCUCCCGGAGCCCGGCGUGGGCGAGGGGAUGGAGGCGCGCGAGGGGAUGGAGUACGCCUGGGGGACCCUAGAAGACCCCGUGGAGACGCGGCCGGAGAGGGACGGAGAAGGAGAGAUCCAGAGUCAAGGCGACGACGGCGGCGAUUCCGCGCUCGCGCUCCCUCCGCCGCCGAGCGAUUUGUGGUUCGAACUCUCCCCGCACACCGGACGCGUGCACUUGCACUCCCGCGAAGACGGCUCCGCGCCGCGCGGCGAGAGCUUCGCGCAGAACGACGUGCGCCGCAUCGCUGCCGUGAUCGCCGACGCGAUCAAGGGAUCCACGCGUCUCGGGGUCCCUCCCGCGGUCGCGGUGUCGGACGCCGCCGACGACGACGCGUUACCGCCGUCGCUUCGAAACGACCCGCCCGCGAUACUCGCCGCGUGGACGUUCGUCAGGGAGAUCGACGCGCUGUACGCGGCGGAUAAGAACAGGUUAUCGCAGGCGCACGUCGCGACGCGGUCGCCGGUGAACGACACGCUCGGCGCGAUGAGCAUCGAGAGUAAGAACGGCGGCGGCGGCGGCGGCGGCGCGGCGGGCGAGGGGAAGUCGACGACGCGGCACGGCGACGGGAAACGAAAGCCGAUGCCGGAGAACGCGGAGUGGCGGCCGGUCGCGGUUCGGUGCGGGCGCACGGGGAGGGACGUCGAGGAGCGGCUCGAGCCCGUGAGCGGGAGCGGCGAGCCGCUGUGUUUGCAGUGCAUGCGAGUGCGGGCGGCGCCGGCGGCGGUGGCGGUGGUAGCGGUGGCCGCGGCGGCGCCGACAAAGGCGACGCCGGCGCUCGCGCACGCGACGGCGAAAGCCGCGGUGCUGUCGUGCAAAGCCGACUUGUACUGCUCGCGCGAGUGCUUCGAUAUCGACUCGCAGACGAAGAGCGCGUCGAAGCUCAGACGCGCGCUGUACGAGCGCGAGCGCGGGGUGUGUCGUCUGUGCGGGUGGGACGCGAGCGCGUGCGUGAAGAGGAUCGCGGUGAUGCGUUCGCGGGCGAAGCGCCGCGAGGCGAUUUUGGAGGAUUGCCCGGCGUUUGGGGAAAAAGGCGGCAAGGCGCUCCUGGACAGACUCGUCAUGACCGCGUGGGAGGGCUCGGCGUGGCACUUCGAUCAUGUCGUCGCCGUGUACGAAGGCGGUGGGGAGUGUACGGUCGAUAACGGCCGGACGCUGUGCGUUUUAUGUCACAAGAAGCACUCCGCCUCGCAAAAGAAGCGGUGGGCGGCGGAGCGUCAAAAGAGACGCAAGGAGGAGGAGGCCAGACGCGAGGAAGAGGAGCGGAAAGCGAAAGUCGCGAGAGGGAUGAAGUUCAUCGCGGAAGCGACCGCGAAGAUCACGAAGAAGAACCUCCGAGACUGCGGCAUCGUGUCGUCGGACGAGGACGAGAACGACGUCGACGAGGGCGCGAAAGCGGCGGCGAAAGCGGCGCCGCCGCCGAGGGAGCCGCAGCCCGAGCCCGACCCGGAAAUUUGCGACUACGCCGGCGGCACCGAGCUGUUCGAUCCCGCGGACGAGGACGAGGAGGACGAGGACGAGGACGAGGACUUCGAGAACAUGGACGAGGACUUCGAGAACAUCAUGCCGACGCAGGCUGCGCCCGCGGCGGCGACUAUAGGAAGAAAGAAAGUGAAGCGAUGA